GCGGAGUGGUAAACGAUCGAGCUGCCUUUGAAUUCCACGCAGAGUCGCGCGGUCUCCGUGUCUGGUUCACUAACCCAGCCAGCCACCCUUGCUCACUGCUGAGAUAGCUAUAUAUCGCGACGACUCAGAAAUGGGGGCGAACGGCACUGUGGCCAAGCACUACGGCCAGGGGGCGGCCAUGGAGGUGUGCUCGGCGGAGCAGGGCCACACGGCCGCCUCCAAGUGCUUCGACGACGACGGCCGCCUCAAGCGCACCGGCACGAUGUGGACGGCCAGCGCGCACAUCAUCACCGCGGUGAUCGGGUCGGGAGUUCUGUCGCUUGCCUGGGCCAUUGCGCAGCUCGGCUGGGUCGCCGGCCCCGCGGUCAUGCUGCUCUUCUCCCUCGUCACCUACUACACCUCGGCGCUGCUCUCCGACUGCUACCGCUCCGGCGACGAGACCACCGGCAAGCGAAACUACACAUACAUGGACGCCGUCAACGCCAACCUCAGUGGCGUCAAGGUCCAGAUCUGCGGCUUCCUGCAAUACGCCAACAUCGUCGGAGUCGCCAUCGGAUACACCAUCGCCGCCUCCAUUAGUAUGCUUGCGAUCAAGCGAGCCAACUGCUUCCACGUAGAGGGGCACGUGAACCCGUGCCACAUCUCCAGCACGCCUUACAUGAUCAUCUUCGGCGUGGCGGAGAUCUUCUUCUCGCAGAUCCCGGACUUUGACCAGAUCUCCUGGCUCUCCAUCCUCGCCGCCAUCAUGUCCUUCACCUACUCCACCAUCGGCCUCGGCCUCGGCAUCGUCCAAGUGGUCGCCAACAAGGGUGUCAAGGGCAGCCUCACCGGCAUCAGCAUCGGCGUCGUCACCCCCAUGGACAAGGUCUGGCGAAGCCUCCAGGCGUUCGGGGACAUCGCCUUCGCAUACUCCUACUCCCUCAUCCUCAUCGAAAUCCAGGACACCCUCCGCGCGCCACCGCCCUCUGAGUCCAAGGUCAUGCGCCGCGCCACCGUCGUCAGCGUCGCCACCACCACGCUCUUCUACAUGCUCUGCGGCUGCAUGGGCUACGCCGCCUUCGGCGACAACGCGCCCGGGAACCUCCUCACCGGCUUUGGAUUCUACGAGCCCUUCUGGCUCCUCGACAUCGCCAAUGCAGCCAUCGUCGUCCACCUCGUCGGCGCCUACCAGGUCUACUGCCAACCCCUCUUCGCCUUCGUAGAGAAGUGGGCGCAGCAGAGGUGGCCGGACUCAAGCUUCAUCACGGGGGAGAUCCAGCUCCCGAUCAUCUCCUCCGGGUUCAAGCUCAACCUAUUCCGGCUCACAUGGCGGUCAACGUUCGUCGUCGCCACCACCGUGGUGUCCAUGCUCCUGCCCUUCUUCAACGACGUCGUCGGCUUCCUCGGCGCCAUCGGGUUCUGGCCGCUCACCGUCUACUUCCCCGUGGAGAUGUACAUCGUGCAGAAGAAGAUACCCAAGUGGAGCUCACUGUGGGUUUGCCUACAGCUGCUCAGCCUCGGUUGCCUCAUCAUCACCAUUGCCUCCGCCGCCGGCUCCAUCGCAGGAAUCAUGUCCGAUCUAAAGGUCUACAAGCCCUUCUCCACAACUGACUGAUCCAGGGCCGUCCCAUGAAUGCACAGACCGUCCAUUAACAGAAUAUGCCAAUAUACUCUAAUUAAUCAACCGAUCAAUUAUCACACGAUCGCCGAAAAUUGAAAAUAGAAAGGCUGCAUGUAUGUCCUAGUAUGUAAUUGCUGCUUCUAAACAGCCGGCGUACCACCGCUGCUUCUAAUUUUCUUUGUUUGCGAUCCAUUGUACGUGUUAACAGAAAAUGAUAGAGGGGAACCAAAAUGCAGUACUUCCAAAUUCCAAUGUCAAAUUAAUGAUGUAUUUCUUAGACAAGUGGUGUGUUUGUGUUAAUGACAAAUGUUCCUUU